GGAGGGGAGAUUCUGCCCUGGUCUGACCCACAACUGUAGGGCCUGGCCAGGGUCCUCCUGGACUGGGGAGGGGGCACACAAAAGGUUGGCAUGAGUAGUAGGAAAGGCUUCUGGGUGCCCUCCAGCUGCUGCGCUGACCACUGGGGAGAGGAGCCAGGUCCCUGUGCAUCCCCACUCCCCUGCUUUAAGCUGACCACCGAUCACAGCCCAGGUAGUGUGCCCUGAUUGCACCUCCGGGCAGGCUGAAGCCACAUGGGGGGCCGAAUUAGAUUCCUGACCCACCUUAGAAGUGGUCAGGAGGCUCACAACAUGGCAUGACCCUGUCUAAAAAAGCUGGCUCCCCACACCCCCUCCAGUCUGCUGCAUUUCUAGGGAGAAGGAAACAGGAAAGAGAGCCAGGCUAGGAGGCAGGGGAACUGGGCUUUAAUUCCUGAGUGAUCCCGGGCAGGCCCCUGCCCUGGCCUCCUGGUGCUCAGCUUUCUGCAGAUGGAUGAUACUCUGUCCUGCCUGAUUUUCGUGAGCAUCCGUGACACAAUGAUGCGGAGAACACCAUGCUUUGAGAGAGGCCGAGCAGCCCACAGGCAUGUUCACCUGUGCAGCUGCACGAAGGCUUCCAGAGUUAAUGCUCGUUGCAACAAGGCUGUCUGGACUAGAACCGCCACUGUCCUCCAGUCUCCUCGGCAGUCCCAGGGGCCCAGGUCCUCUUAUUUUCGGUGUACACUGAGAAUGUCCCAGUAAAUCUCAGGCCAGCUCCUUGACCCAAGGUUGCCUGAGAAACUGUGUUCGACCCUCCAGCAUGGGUGAAGGGCCAACAGUGAAAAUACUGCUAGCUACCAUUUACUGAAUACUGGUGAUCUGCCAGUGCUUUCCAAGAAUCCUCACGGUUAAGCCUGACGACGAGCCUGCCUGGAAGCUAGGAAGUCAUAUUAUCUCAUUUAACCAAAUGGGAAAAGGGGCCCGGGGAGUUUAAAUGACUUGCCCAAGGUCACCCAGCUAGUAAGUGAAGGAGCCAGGACUCAAACCCAGGUUUGUGUUUUGCAGCUCACCACCACAUACCACAGCCAGAGCCAGCCAUCGUGAGUUCCAGUAGGUUCUCUGGGAGGUGCCGUGUGUGUGUGUUUCUAGGUCAGGUAUAGGGCUGUGGAGUGUGGAAGGAGACAGGAGCUGAGAGCCAUCUGGCAGAGCAAGCAGUCUCCCCUGUACCCCUGCCAACUGGAAGGGAGUAGACUGGUUCCCUCCAGUCCCUCCAGACUUGCAGCCUUGCCAGGGAAGAGGGGCAGGAGGGGAAUGGGCAGGGACAGGUGGGCCUGGAUGGUGCCCUUCACUCUGUCCUCACCAGAGCCCAGCUGGAGAGACUAGGGGAUUGGGGAUUCUGGGAAGGAACUGGAAGCCACACCCAUGCCCUGUUUGGGGUGCCUGUGUCUCUAAGUGGUGACUGCCUCCCAGAAGGCGGACCCAGGGCUAGCCUGGACCUGGGAAGGUGGCAGCUGCUGAGGGCCAAGCCAGGAAGGAAGGAAAAGGUCCAGGCAUUCCCGGACACAUGACCACACUCCACCUGUGUGGCCCCCCGCUGCCCAGUGGCUGCUGGCCCAGGGGCUCCUCAGAUAUUGGGCCAGAGGAAACCCCGGCCUGAGUGGCAAGGAGGGGACUAAAGAGGAGGGGUACCCUCCACCCUACAGCGGAAAGCUAUACCCCAGGAAUCCCCUCAUUGAAGACCCCAGCUCCUGUGGCCUCAAGCCUUGGCCUGGGGUGUGAGUCGGGCGUCCCCCAGGGCAGGCUGCAGACUGCCCUCUCAGUAGAAUCAGGCCCUCCAGGCUCAGGGCGUCUUACUGGCUCUCUGAGUUGGAACUGCAGGCCAGAGUAAUGCUUGCUUUUCCCAUUGGGGUGGCUGAAUAAAGGAUACUUUUCUUUCAACCUGAGCCCAGGCAGGCCCAGGGGACUGAUCUAGUGCAGGGGAGUGGUGGCGGGUUCCUCUGUACGUGCUCUGCAGCCUCCCCAGGUUCGCAGGCAACUGAGAACGCCCCCCUUCCUAUGGGUCCUGGCAAUUCCUCCCACCACCCUGGGAACCCACCCUCUUAGCUGGCUUCAUGGUGGAGAAGGCCAGCGGAGGGGAGCUCUGGCUUUGGGGCUAGACGCUGAAAUGAGGGGCGGCAGAAGGGAAUGGGAACCCCACUUCCCUCUCCCCCCACUCCCCACCUCCUGUUCCAGAGGCAGCUGUGUGGAUGACCUCAUCCCGCAAACAUGCUUUGUUCCUGAGAAAAUGGAAAGUGUCUGAGGUUUGAUGGGGGGCUGGGUGUCUGCAGCAACAGCUCUGAGGGCUCCCCCCUGCUUGACAUAGGGCCUUACUGCAGAGAAAAUGUCCUCAGUGGCGCCUGCUGGCUCACCUUUACUCCCCCUACUCCAAACCCUGAGCAAUCAGAAAAGGUGGGGAGAGGCUGUCUCUGCCCGGGUAGGGGGAGGAACGGUGAUCCAGAGGAUGGGAAGAUCCCGGGUUCUGCCAGGCUGCUGGGAGGUGGCAGGGCACUCUGUGCUCGCUUGUCCAUGUCCAGCUGCCCUCCACCUCCCCAGGCAUCCCCGUUUCCUUUUCUCUCCCCUGUUGUUGGCAAAACCUGACAUCUGGCCAUCUGUGCUGCCACAGCUGCUGCAGAUGUUGCAGGCCAAGGCUGCCCAGGCUGGUGUGAGCAGAGACACAGCAGGAGUGAAGUGGGAGGGGCCCAGGACAGAGGGUCCAGCUGGGCAGCUGGCUGUGUCCAGCUUGCAGGAUUUCCUUCCUGCCUGAACCAAGGCUGAGCCUUUGGAGGGCUUGUGGUCUGGCCGAUUCUCCUGAGGGGAGGCCCCACUCCCCACACUGGCCCUCUCCACCAUCUAUCCAUCCAUCCAUCCAUCCGGCAUCCUCCUACGGUUCCAUGGUCCCUAGAUCAGGUGGGGCAGGAGCAGCCCAUUCCCACCCGCAGCUCCCCACUCCCGCUCAGAGCUCUGGGUAAAGUUCCUUUAUCCACAUCCCUAGGGUCCUUUCCUGGGAGGCAGAAGAGGGUUGGGAGUGCUGUUCAUAUGGGCCAGGGAGGGGUGACUCCCUGCCAUCCUGGGGACAGUGGAGGCUCAACUCAGACUGAGGCAGGAAAUGAGUCACUGACCCAGGAAAAGCCCCCUCCCCCAGAUCUUCCAGGGCCUAGAUAAGAAAACAACUUCUGCUUCCUGAUUUUUCCCCCUGACCCCCCUCCCACCCCCAUUGCUACAACAGAAUAGAGAAAUAAACGUGCAGGACGCCUGGGUUCUGACACACUCUGCCCCUUCUUGAACUGGAAAGGAUCUUGCCAGGGGCUCGGCCAUAGCCCCUCCGGUGACCCCUGGCCCACCGUACUCCCCGCAGGGCUCCCUCAGGUCACCAUGAGUGAGGCCUUCGACUGUGCAAAAUGCAGCGAGUCCCUGUAUGGCCGCAAGUACAUCCAGACAGACAGUGGCCCCUACUGCGUGCCCUGCUAUGACAACACCUUUGCCAACACCUGUGCUGAGUGCCAGCAGCUUAUCGGGCAUGACUCGAGGGAGCUGUUCUAUGAAGACCGCCACUUCCAUGAGGGCUGCUUCCGCUGCUGCCGCUGCCAGCGCUCUCUAGCUGACGAGCCCUUCACCUGCCAGGACAGCGAGCUGCUCUGCAACGACUGCUACUGCAGCGCCUUCUCCUCCCAGUGCUCUGCCUGUGGGGAGACCGUCAUGCCUGGGUCCCGGAAGCUGGAGUACGGAGGCCAGACUUGGCAUGAGCACUGCUUCCUGUGCAGCGGCUGUGAGCAGCCGCUGGGCUCCCGCUCCUUUGUGCCCGACAAGGGUGCUCACUACUGUGUGCCCUGCUACGAGAACAAGUUUGCUCCUCGCUGUGCCCGCUGCAGCAAGACGCUGACACAGGGUGGAGUAACAUACCGCGACCAGCCCUGGCAUCGAGAAUGCCUGGUCUGCACCGGGUGCCAGACACCCCUGGCCGGGCAGCAGUUCACCUCCAAGGAUGAAGAUCCCUACUGCGUGGCCUGUUUUGGAGAACUCUUUGCACCUAAGUGCAGCAGCUGCAAGCGCCCCAUCGUAGGACUCGGCGGCGGCAAGUAUGUGUCCUUCGAAGACCGGCACUGGCACCACAGCUGCUUCUCCUGUGCCCGCUGCUCCACCUCCCUGGUGGGCCAAGGCUUCGUGCCAGACGGAGACCAAGUGCUGUGCCAGGGCUGCAGCCAGGCAGGGCCCUGAGCCAGGCUCCAGGACGCAGCUCCUCUCCAAAGUCACCUCUGAGACCCAGCCCCUCCCCCAGGCGGGGCUCCCCCUGGGGUCCAGGAUGUGGGCUCCCAGCUCCAACAUCCUCAAACUGGUACUCCUGGACCCAGGCUACCAAAUCUGGGCUCCCGAACUCAGUCUGGGUUCCCAGACCAAGCCCCCUCCCCAGCUAGGGCUCCAGACCCCAGCCCUCCAAACCUGGACUCUGGGACCUAGGCCCCCUUAAAUCUCCAUAGAGCUUAGGUCUCCUGUGGAUGCCUAAGAGUUCUCACAAGUGGACUCUGCCUGGGCUUGACCCUCCCCCUCCCCAUCCCAUUCUUGUCCCCAGAGCUGGGGCUGUCCCUGACAGCAGAUUGGGGGCUUGCUGGUUAGGGUCCUAGGUAUAGAAUGUCCAGCCUGUGUCCGGAGAGUGUCUCGUUUAAUUUCAGCUCCGUUUUGCCCGGAGAUGGGCAGAGGGGUGGGACUGGCUCACCUUUCAGUUUCUGCAAUAAAGCAGUGUCAGGAA